AUGGCACCCAAACCCGCUUCUACUGCCGGCAAGGCGCCCGCUUCAUCCGCUACUGCAUCGAAGGCUCCAGCCAAGACUACUGAAGGAUCCAAAGCUGCGAAGAAGACCUCUAAGACUGCCGCAGCUCCUGGGGAGGAGGGCAAGAAGAAGAGACGUAAGGUCCGCAAGGAGACAUACUCAUCCUAUAUCUACAAAGUGUUGAAGCAGGUUCACCCUGAUACUGGUAUCUCCAACAAGGCGAUGGCUAUCCUUAACUCAUUCGUGAACGACAUCUUUGAGCGUAUCGCCACUGAGGCAUCCAAACUCGCUGCAUACUCCAAGAAGUCUACCAUCUCGUCACGCGAAAUCCAAACUGCUGUACGGCUCAUUCUCCCAGGAGAGCUGUCAAAGCAUGCCAUCUCUGAGGGUACAAAGUCCGUGACGAAGUUUUCAAGUGCAGGCGCCAAGUAG